AUGGCUGCAGCCGCAAGUUUAAAACCGACAGAUUUAGCUCACAGAAGCAAAGCUAAUGUAUUAAUCAGAAAAGAUGACUCGGGCGAUUUGUAUCGCAUUUGCAUAAGGUAUUCAAGCGUAAGUGCGAAUAAUCGGUACACCCUUCAAAAUAUUGACUUUAUUAAGAAGAAAGUCGAACCGCUUAUUGGUAGCUAUUUAGUGCACAUGGAGCUUUGUACGCUCCCCAUAGCCUCAGUUACAGAUUGUAUGGAGUAUUUGGAUAUUAAAUGCGACAUAAGGGAAGUUUUCACACUGAAGUUGCCAGAUUUGGCUCCCUCGACAUACGAUAUCAUAGAAGUAGACCAUUUCACUAAGUUUCAUCUAUCACCAGAUAAACAAAUAAUCAUUUGGGAACUCAAGCCUAAAUGGCUGCAUCAAAAUACCCUUUUCUGCAGAAAUUGCACUCACAAUAGUGUCAAAGAAAGGGAUAUUGACUACUGUUAUGCUUCUCUCAUGGAGGAUACCAAUAUCUUGAGAGAGCUAUUUAAAAAAUACUCCUUGCCCACAGCAUUCACAAUGGAUAUGGUGCGCUACUUCGGUAGUGAUGAAAAUGUUCUUAAACUUUUGUAUACCGUUCAGGAAAGGCUUAAUGGAUAUGGUUCUGUGGCUUCUUUUGGGAGUGCAUACGAGGCUUCCGAAGAUUUAUGUUUGCUGAUGACACUUCGAGACGUUACAUGUUUUAUCAGAUGGGAAGCCUCAAGUAAAAUAGAUGCGAAAAUCAUAGAUGUGGAUCUGAAACCUCAUGAUAAAUGGACGCAUUGGGUAUCUGAACACCGUAAAAUUGAAUCUUUUCCUUCAAAGACAUAUCAUUAA